ACAUCACCCUGUCAAAAAAUUUACAUGUGUCAGACUUCUUCUAGGAAUCCUUAAAUACUGUAUUAAUUACAUGAUCCAAAAAUCAAGAAAACCAAGUCAAUAUCACCUUCUUCUUUUUUAUUUUUUGAUAAAUCAACAUUACCAAAUUUUAUCUCUUUACGUGUCAUGUCAUGAAAGUAUGGUGUAUAUUCAGGACUAGUACUUUGAGCAUAUCCAUUUGAACAGAAGGCAUCAUUGUUUGCACCCAGAAAAGGGUUUAGAAGAAGAAGAUAAACAGUCUACAGUUAAGGCUGUGAAUUUGCAGAUUGUAUCUCAAUUUAUCAGUUAGCUCCUCUGAAAUUUACUUCCUGCAAAAAUGGUGGAAGGAGGUGUUGCCACUGCUGACAAGACAGAGUUUACAGAGUGCUGGAGGACUGUAUGGAAGACUCCUUAUAUUAUGAGGCUUGCACUUUCAGCUGGCAUUGGAGGGCUCCUGUUUGGUUACGAUACAGGAGUUAUUUCUGGUGCAUUGCUUUACAUUCGUGACGAUUUCGAAGAUGUUGACAGAAAAACAUGGCUGCAGGAAACCAUAGUGAGUAUGGCUGUCGCGGGAGCUAUUGUUGGUGCUGCGUUUGGUGGAUAUAUUAAUGACAGGUGGGGCAGGAGAGUGGCAAUUUUAGGUGCCGAUGUUGUGUUCUUUUUUGGUGCAGUUGUCAUGGCUGCAGCUCCAAAACCUUGGGUGAUUGUUAUCGGAAGAAUUUUUGUUGGCUUGGGAGUGGGAAUGGCAUCCAUGACUGCUCCUCUUUACAUCUCGGAAGCUUCUCCUGCAAGAAUUAGAGGCGCUCUUGUUAGCACAAAUGGAUUGCUAAUUACUGGAGGACAAUUUCUGUCUUAUCUUAUCAAUCUUGGUUUCACCAAGGCUCCUGGAACCUGGCGAUGGAUGCUUGGAGUUGCUGGAGUCCCAGCUGUGGUUCAAUUUGUGUUGAUGCUAUCACUUCCUGAAUCUCCUCGAUGGCUCUACAGAAAGGACAGGGUAGAUGAGGCAAGGGCAAUCUUGGAGAAAAUCUAUCCUGCUCAUGAAGUUGAACAUGAGUUGAAUGCCUUGAAAUCAUCCGUUGAAGCCGAGAAGGCUGAUGAAGCUGCUAUUGGAGAGGGCAUGAUAACUAAAGUGAUGGGUGCAUUUAAAAACAAGGUAGUUCGCAGGGGACUCUAUGCAGGUAUUACUGUUCAAGUUGCUCAGCAGUUUGUGGGCAUAAAUACAGUCAUGUACUAUGCCCCAACUAUAGUUCAGUUCGCCGGAUUUGCUUCGAACUCAGUUGCCUUGACACUCUCUCUCAUUACUUCUGGCCUAAAUGCGGUUGGCUCCAUUGUUAGCAUGUGUUUUGUCGACAGAUAUGGAAGGAGAAGGUUGAUGAUUAUUUCAAUGAUCGGAAUCAUCUCCUUCCUCGUGAUCUUAUCUGUUGUGUUUAUUGAAGCUUCUAAUCAUGCUCCUAAAGUUAGUGGGAUUGAGACAGCCCACUUUGGAACAAACUCUACUUGUCCGCGUUUCUUGACAGCCUCGGAUGCAUCAAGGUGGAGCUGCAUGACUUGUUUGAAAGCUGAUUGUGGGUUCUGUGCUAAUGCAGUCAGUGAAAUCCAUCCUGGAGCAUGCCUGGAUUCAACCAAGGCUAUUAAGGGUGACUGCCGUGCAGAAAAACGUGUUUUUUUCGAGAAGGGUUGCCCAAGCAGAUUCGGAUUUCUUGCCGUCAUACUCCUCGGACUAUACAUCAUUUCCUAUUCUCCUGGAAUGGGAACCGUGCCAUGGAUUGUGAACUCAGAAAUCUAUCCAUUGAGAUAUAGAGGUGUUUGUGGAGGUAUUGCUGCUGUGUCCAAUUGGUGUUCAAAUCUCAUUGUCAGCGAAUCAUACUUAUCUCUCACCGAAGCUCUUGGUGCCGGUGGCACAUUCUUCUUAUUUGCCGGAAUUUCUACCAUUAGCCUCACAUUCAUAUACUUCUUAGUGCCUGAAACUAAAGGCCUGCAAUUUGAGGAGGUCGAAAAGCUACUAGAGGAUGGCUACAAACCUAGAUUAUUUAGAGGAAAGAAAGAAAAAUCCAAGUACCAAGUUGAAUCCGCAUAAAAGAAUUGCCUUCAACACCCUAGGUUGCAAUUACAUAUAUUAGUUACAAUUAAACAGCUCUAUUGUUACUUUAAUGAAUAAAACUAGGGCAGCCGGUUGUUGCCAAUUGACCGAA